AUGUUAGCAUUUAUUUCUAAGCAAAGUUCAUACGGAGUAACAAAUCGUGUUAUUCAUAGCUAUAAGCAAUUACUCUCCAACACUAGCAAUAGUUGCAUAUAUAGAUCUAAUCAAAUAUCUUUUAAUGGAGCAACUUCAUUUGUCAAUUAAUAAAAAUACUUGCAUGCAAAUCUAAAUCAAAAUGUGAAAAUGUUUGAUGUUUAGCACAAUUUAUUUAAUGGCUCUGUCAAAUAAACAAAUGAGCCCGCUACAACUUCAAACAAUCAAACUCUUUAACAGCUUUUCGAAUAAGUCAAACCAAAAACUCUUUUUGAAAAGGAAAAGCAAUAGUAAGAGCUUUAUCAUUUAUAAUAUAAGCACAUUCGCAAGGAGUAUCUCAUCGAAGGUGCUCGCGCUUCUCAAAUUUUAAUUCAAUUAGAUGGCAAUCUGCUUGAGGAUUGCUGCUAAAUUUUCUUUAAUGAAUUCUUAAGCAACAGAGAAAAAGUUCCAAGCAAAAUUUCUUUGGCUAUUGAAAAGUGUUAUAAUGAAAAACUAGAACGCUUCAUCACAGAAGAAGAAAGAAUCAUUCGUGAUGAUCCCUAUAAAAUAGCAGAGAGAUCUCAGGAGAUAUUUAAAAGCUUGAAAAUAAUAUUAGAAAUAAUGGAUAAAGGAAAUAAGGGAUUAUUGACAGGCGAUUUGCAUCCUAAAUUAAUAGAUGGAUGCAGCAAGGUAUUUCCAGAAACUCUAAAAAAGCUUUAGGAGUUUUAGCAUUAGAAUAUCGAUGGAGGCAGUAGCUUGUCAUUUGAAUAGAUUGUAGAUAGCAUGUACAACACAAUUUCUGUUUAUGCUUUUUAGGAAAUGUUUAAACUGCCUUUAUAUGGAAUUAAAUAUCCUGAUUUAGAAAAUAAAAGAAAUUUGUUUGAGAGACAGCUUAUCUUGGAAUAGGAAUCUUAGUCUUAGGCAGUCAAUAAGUUCUUGAAGGUUUACGAAGAUUUGAAUAAGUUUGGGUUGGCUGUCAAUAUAGGAUUUGCAAAAAGAUAUAUUAUGAAUUGGUUUCCUAAUUUGUGCAAGGUCAUUAAAGAAGAGUAGCAACAGUGUUUAUUAGGAGAACUAAAGGGAGAAAGAAAAUAUUAUGCAACAUAUUUGACAAAGCUUUCUGCAGAGAGAAUAGCUAUUUUGAGUUUAACUGAGUUGAUGAAGCAGAUUUUGCGUAUUUCCAAUAAAUUCAAAGAAAGCGCUGAGAACAUGGAAAACACAAUCGUUGAUUGCAGCAUUGUUUCUAAAGCCAUUUUUUCAUCUAUUGGUGAAGCCGUAAAUUUGCAAUACAUUUAUGAGUAAGAAGAGAAGCUGAAUAAAGAAAAGGAAAAGAAAGAUCUCGAAAGUUUGGUUGAGAAGAUAAAUUCUAAUAACACUUCUAACUCUUCUGAAGAGGAAGUCACUCAACGUGCUAAAAAGUAUCUUGCUGACAAAACAAAGGAAGCCAAUUAAAAGAUCAUGGAGAGUCUUUACAAAAAGAAGAAUUCCACUUCUAAAUUGAAUUAUUAAGAAAUAGGAAUUCCCAAGACCAUCUAGCUUAAGAUCGGCUCUCUCUUAAUUUAUUUGAUGAAAGAGACUAUUCAAAUAAGAAAUGAAUAGAAUUUCUGGAUUCAUUUGCUUGUUCCUUCCUACAAAAAGUCAAAGAAUAAUGAUGGUUAUGUUGGUGUUAUCAAUAUUAAUGAAGACUUUAUCAUUUCUCUCUAUGAAUAGUCAGAAAAGAGUGAGUCUCCUUUCAUGCAUCUAGAAAGAUGUCUGCCAAUGAUCUACAAACCUGCUCCUUGGUAAGACUACGAAAUUGGAGGAUAUUACUAACGUCCCACAAAUCUCAUGCGUAUCCACGAAUCUCCAAUUUAAGAAAAAGUUUUAUCCUACUCUGAUCUCUCUAAAAUGUACAACAUCUUAAACACAGUCAGUCAGACAGCUUGGAGAAUUAACAAAAAAGUUUUUGAUGUCAUGGAAAAAAUUUGGGAAGAAGGUGGUGGCUAAGGUGAAAUUCCUCGCCGUUUUUAUGAUUACAAAGACUAUGUUUAUCAAUAUUAACUCAAGGAGUGCAAGAAUAGAGAUGAAUAAUAAAGACUGAUGAAGAAAAUUUAGGAACAAAGAGAUAUGCAUUCAAUGAGAAGUGAUUUCUAACUCAAAAUUAAUGUUGCAAAGGCAUUCAGAAACAUAGAAAAGAUUUAUUUCCCUCAUAAUGUCGAUUUCAGAGGUCGUAUUUAUCCUAUCCCUCCUCAUUUGAAUCACAUGGGUGCAGAUAUUUCUCGUGGUCUCCUCGAGUAUUCAGAGAGCAAGAAAAUUGGAAAAACCGGCUGGUAUUGGCUUAAGGUUCAUCUUUCCAAUUUACUUGGUUAGGACAAGCUUUCCUUCCCCGAAAGAGUCGCAUUUGCUGAAUCUUAAUUUGAAAACGUAAAAAGAUGGGCUUCCGAUCCAUUGAAACACAGAGAAUGGAUUCAAGUCGAAGACGCAUGGUAAGCUCUUGCUACAAUUUUCGAUGUAGCUGAAGCACUCAAGCUAGAAAACCCAGAAGAUUACAUUUCUCACUUGCACGUUCACAUGGAUGGUUCAUGUAACGGUCUACAGCAUUAUGCAGCUAUUGGUAGAGAUAAAGAUGGUGCCAUGCAGGUUAAUCUGAUGAAUGCUUAAAAGCCAGGUGAUUUGUACAGUCACGUAGCAAGAAUGGUCGAACAAAGAGUAGGAAAAGAUGCAAAUGAUGACUUAGCUAAGUAUAAUGCAAUCGCUAAAAAGCUAUCUGGUAACAUCAAGAGAAAAGUAGUUAAAUAAACAGUUAUGACAUCAGUCUACGGUGUCACCUUCGUAGGUGCAAGAAAGUAGAUUUAUAAGCAAUUAAGAGAUAAAGAUUUCCUAACAGAAGAAGAAGCCUAUGAAGCAUCUUAUUACUUAGCCCAAACAACUCUAGACUGUAUUAAAGAUCUUUUCAGUUCUGCUCACUACAUCAAAAAGUGGUUAAUUAACUGUGCAGGUCUCAUUGCAAACACAUCUAAUCCCGUCAGUUGGAUCACUCCUAUGGGCUUGCCUGUUGUUCAACCUUAUAGAUCAAAGGGACAAUUAGAUGUGAUUAACACUGUGAUACAAAAAAUAGCAGUAGAACAAGAUUCAGAUAGACUACCCAUAAAUAAGUCAAAAUAAAGAUCUGCCUUCCCUCCCAAUUAUAUUCACUCUCUCGAUUCUACUCACUUGAUGUACACCGCUUUAGAAUGUAUCAAACGUGGCAUGCAUUUUGCAGCUGUUCACGAUUCUUAUUGGACUCACGCCUGCGAUAUUGAAGAAAUGCACAAAAUUUUGAGAGAACAAUUCGUUAAAUUGCACAGCCAACCUCUGCUUGAAGACUUAAAAGCAUCCUUCGAAAGAAGAUAUCCAAACAUAGAAUUCCCAGAGAUUCCAAACAGAGGACUACUCGAUUUAGAAGAAGUUAAAAAGAGUACUUAUUUCUUUUGUUGA